AUCCAGUCAAUAUUGGAAAUAAGUCUAAGUAAGAAGCACUAUGAAGUGGCUUCAGAUUUUGUUGUGUCUUUCAAUUGCGAUAUUAUCUUAUGUUGAAGCACAAUCAGAGAAUUGUGCAGAAACUGAUCCUGAAAAAUGUGAAAAAGUGAAAAAAGAGCAAGGAAAGGGUGCAGGACCAAAAUAUGAACCUACAACUCCAUUUUUGGGAUAUCCAUGGGAAAGAACUACUGAGUACUGGACUAACCUUGGUCAUCAGCAUGUUAUGGACAAAAUUAGACGAAAACCCAACGAAAACAAAGCAAAGAAUGUAGUUUUCUUCAUUGGUGAUGGUAUGAGUAUUCCCACAUUAUUUGCUACUCGUGUGGCUAUGGGUGGUGAGGAGACAGAGCUAUCCUUUGAAAAAUUCCCUUACACGGGUCUGUCUAAGACAUACUGUAUAGAUUCCCAAGUUGCUGAAUCUGCUUGUUCAGGAACCGCCUAUAUGACUGGAGUCAAGUGUAAUUACAAUACGCUUGGUGUUAAUGGUCAGGUUCCUUAUGGAGAUUGCCAUGCCGCAAAUGAUCCAUCAACCCAUGUUGAUUCAAUCACUAAAUGGGCUCUGGAUGCAGGAUUAUCGGCAGGAUUGGUAACUACCACUAGAGUCACUCAUGCAUCUCCAGCAGCUGGUUACGCACAUGUAUCUAACAGAAAUUGGGAGAAUGACUUUGAAGUGCGUGAAGGUGGUUGCAAUCCAAAAGAAACUUUAGAUAUUGCCCAGCAAUUGAUUUAUGGGCCUGUUGGUUCCCGACUGAGUGUGAUUCUAGGUGGAGGUAGGGGACAUUUCCGGGAUGCUAAGCUCCCAGAUGAAGAAGGAGGGUUCGGAUAUCGUAAUGACUCACGAGACCUAAUUUCCGAAUGGCUCCACUAUGGUCAAACUAAGAAAAGAUAUGUGUGGAACCGUGAAGGCCUGCUAAACCUACCUUCGUCUACGGAUAAAGUGUUGGGCCUAUUUGAAAAAUCUCAUCUACAGUAUCAUCUAGAAACUCAGGAAAUGGGAACUCAAGCUACUGAGCCGACUCUGGAAGAAAUGACCAGGACUGCUAUAAAUAUUCUAAGCAAGAAUAAAAAAGGGUUCUUCCUGUUUGUCGAAGGUGGAAAAAUCGAUCUAGCACAUCAUGAACUCAUGGCAAGAGCGGCAAUUGGAGAGACUAUUGAAUUCCAAAAGGCCAUACAGACUGCUAGGAAAAUGCUGAGCGAAGAAGAUUCACUAAUUGUGGUAUCCUCUGAUCAUUCUCAUACUAUGACUGUAUCGGGAUAUCCUACAAGAGGAAACGACAUUUUUGGAGAGGUAGACAACCGUAUGGGAUACGAUAACAUGCCUUAUAUGACCCUGAGUUACGCCAAUGGACCUCUAACAUCGCCGCAGUACCCAAGAUAUGGACGUUUGAAUCCAGACAAUUCGGAUUUCAGCAAAUGGUCAUCACACUAUCCAUUUUUAGUACCCCUAGACGAAGAAACUCAUGGAGGUGAUGAUGUAGGUGUCUAUGCAUCCGGACCCUACAGUCAUCUCUUCACAGGGGUAAUGGAACAAACUUUCAUACCACAUCUAAUGGCAUAUGCAGCUUGUAUAGGCAAGGGACCAAAAUGCUGCUACUGAAUAACAACACUGCAACAAUUAAAGCAAAUAAAAUUAUUGAAAAACCUUUGAAUUCUAAUUUCCAAAUAGAGAAUGGUAAAUCCCAA